AUGUUUUCUACAACAAUUAAAUUACAUGAUAAUUCACCAAAUCAAUCAGAUCAAAAUAAUUCUCGCUUCAUGGAUGAUUUUAUGAAUGAUUUGGAAGCAGGUAUAUCUUAUAAUCCACCACGUCAUUCUAAUAAAAAAAUGAAAAAACGUAAACAACUUGAUGCUUUAUUAAAAUUUCGUUCAUCAACAUCAAGAUCGAAUCGUCAUAAUAAUCGAUUAUCAAAUGAAAUUCUUUUUAGUUCAGAAGAUGAAUUAUUUUUACCGAAUAAAAAAAGUACUUCUACAAAAGUAAAUCCAACACGUUAUCGACGUUGGUGUAGUUAUACUCGGCAUAUACUUUCUUUUUGUCUUGUUUGUAUUUUUAUGAUUGUUUGUGUUGGAUUAGCUUAUGCAAAUAUUGAAUUGAAAAAUGAAGUUCAAAAUUUAUCUUCACGUGUUACUGAAAGUAAGAAUAAUCGUAUAAAUUAUUAUUUUUUUGUUAACUCAUUCGAGACGGAACACGC